UCCAAUAAUCCACGAAUACUUGAAGUAGCUAGAACAAAACCCAUCGUCUCCCUCACUCCAACCCCACCAAAAUAAUAAUAAUAAUGUCUGCACAGUCUCCGUCAUCCCGUCCCGUCGGCGGCACCGAAUACAGCUGGUGCAGAGCCGUCCCCGGUGGCACCGGCAUUACUGUAUUAUCUUUACUCUUCUCCACACCCCCUAAUCUCCCCCAUCUUCAAUCCUGCAUCCACAAACUCCAAUCCUCCCACCCUCUUCUCCAAUCAAAACUCAUUUUCAACCCCUCCACCCACCAAUUCUCCCUUCACACCCCCUCCAAUCCCCCCACUCUCCAACUCCACACCCCCUCCAAUCCCCCCACUCUCCAACUCCACACCCCCUCCGAUCCCCUUCAAUCCUUCUGUCAAACAAUCGAACACGAACUAAACACAAACAGUUGGACAACUUUUAACAAACCCGAUCAGGUGACCGAGGCUGACGUCAUGUUUGUUACCUGUUACAGGUUGUUGGGACAAGAGAAGACAGUGGUAGUGUUGCGGGUGCAUACGGCGGUGUGUGAUCGGGCUGCGGCUGCGUGUUUGUUGAAGGAGUUGUUGGGGUUGUAUUGUGAUAAGGAGACUGUGAAGGAGGAGGGGUUGGGGUUGGGGUUAGCGGUUGAGGAUUGUGUACCCGCUGGGAAGGGGAAUAAGCCGUUUUGGUUGCGGGGGAAGGAUGUGAUUGGGUACUCGGUUAAUUCGUUUCGGUUUUCGAAUUUGGUGGUGAAGGAGAGUGGUGUUCCGGAUUCGACUAGGUUUGUUAGGUUGAAGAUUGGAGUGGAGGAGACGGAUCGGAUUCUUAAUGGCUGCAAAUCAAAAGGGAUCAAACUAUUUGCGCUGUUAGCAGCAGCAGGAUUUAUUGCUGCUCAUGCUUCUAAAAACUUUCCUGAUGAAAAAUGGGAAAAAUAUUCACUUGCAACUCUCAUCGAUUGUCGUUCACAACUUGAUCCUGUUCUUAGUGAUCGCAAUAUUGGAUUUUACCAUUCGGCCCUCAUAAAUUCCCACGAUGUAAAAGGAGGGGAAGAUAUAUGGGAUCUAGCACGAAGAAUCUAUACAACCUUAGCAAACGCGAAAAACAACAAUAAACAUUUUACAGACAUGGCCGACUUAAACUUCCUUAUGUGCAAAGCUAUUGAUAACCCGGGUUUAACACCUUCAUCUUCUUUGAGAACCUCGCUCCUUUCUGUAUUUGAAGAUCCCCUAAUUGAAAACACCAAUCAGUUACAUAAAGAAAUCGGUUUAUUGGAUUGCAUUGGUUGUUCUUCCGUUCAUAGCGUGGGUCCUUCACUUGCAAUCUUCGAUACCAUCCGUGACGGGGAGCUAGAUUGUGCUUGUGUAUAUCCAUCUCCAACACAUUCAAGAGAACAAAUGCAAGAUUAUGUGGAUCAUAUGAAGAAAAUUCUUCUUGAGGCUUGUGUUCCUCAAUGAAAAUUGUUGUUAUAAUUCAUGUUAUGUGGAUCACAAAUUUGGACUUUGAUUUACAGUUUCAUAUGCUUAUACAAGCUUUAUGAACUUACCAAUUACAUAUAAACAACAAUAGAAUAUAAGGAGGCUUUUCAAUGA